AAAUUGAUAAAUUUAAAUCCGUAUGUUAUAUAUGAAUAUUCCAUUACUAUAUAUAUAGACUGAUGUAUUCAAAAUAAGUGAUUGUUCACAUUUAAAGUACGUCAGAAUGAUAUAACAUUCUCAGAGUUAAAAGAAAUUGCUAUUGCUUCUCACAAUUAACUACGAAUUAUGUUCAAGUUCACAAAUGGGAAUGAAUGAAUGAGAACUAGCAAUUUCCUGUAAUUGUCCUACUAAUUAAUUACUGAAUAUUAAGUACAAUUCAUAAGUUAUUAAGAUUUCUGCAUAUUCAAGAAUUAAAAAAAAAAAUGGAUUAUAUUAAAAAUGGACUUUUUGUGACUAAAAAUACCAUCAACAAUAUGUUUGGACAUUGUGAAUCAUGGCAAGUAGCUUCAAUUACAGCUACGAGUGUAUUAACUUCUAUAUGGAUUUGGAAUUUUAUAAUUCAAGAUGAGAGCUUGUAUGAAAGAUCUAAAAAAUUUAUUUUUACUCAAGUUAAGAAAAUCCCUAAAAUUGCCAAGCGAAUACAUGAUGAAACCAAACAAAUAUCAGAAGCAUUUGAAAAUGAUAUGAUGGAAAACACUAAAAAUGAAAAAUAUAUUGUUAAGUUACCAGGAAAAGGGUUAUCUCGUGAGGAUCUUAUUGAAACUGUUAACAGAUAUUUAAAUCUUGGAAAAUACAAGUGGAAAGAAGGUUACAUUUCUGGUGCAGUAUAUUAUUAUGAUGAAAAAUUAAUAGAAUUACUUACUGAAGUAUAUGGUUUAGCAUCAUAUACAAAUCCAUUACACUCUGAUAUUUUUCCUGGGAUUUGUAAAAUGGAAGCUGAAGUUGUCCGCAUUGUUAGUGAUCUUUUUCAUGGAGGACCAAAUGUUUGUGGAACGAUGACUAGUGGUGGAACUGAAUCAAUUAUAAUGGCAUGUAAAGCUUAUAGAGAUUAUAGUAGAAACAAAUGGGGAAUCAGAAAUGGUGUCAUAUUAGCUCCAAAAUCAGCACAUCCUGCUUUUGAUAAAGCUGCUUCAUAUUUUGGUCUCAGAGUUCAUCAUAUCGAUUUAGAUCCUGAUUAUUUUACAGUUGAUUUGAAAAAAAUGGAAAAAGCCAUAUCAAAAAAUACAAUUUUGUUAGUUGGAUCGUUUCCUAAUUUUCCAUAUGGCACGUCUGAUGAUAUUGAAGCAAUAUCAAAUCUGGGAUUAAAGUAUAAAAUUCCAGUUCAUGUUGAUUGUUGCUUAGGUGGAUUCAUUGCUGCUUUCAUGCCAUUAGCAGGUUAUCACUUGCCUUCAUUUGAUUUUAUAUUACCUGGAGUUACUAGCAUAUCGGCUGAUACCCAUAAGUAUGGUUAUUCUCCUAAAGGUUCAUCUGUUAUAUUGUAUUCAGACAAAAAAUUCAGACAUAAUCAAUACUAUGUAUGUACUGAAUGGCCAGGUGGGCAUUAUGGUUCGCCUACAAUAAGUGGUUCAAGAUCAGGAGGAAUUAUUGCAGCUUGUUGGGCUACAUUAAUGCAUUUUGGCUUAGAAGGUUAUAUUUCGUCAACAAAAGAAAUUAUUAAAACUAAAAUGUUUGUUGAAAAUGAAUUACGUAAAAUAAAAGAUAUCUUUAUAUUUGGUAAUCCAACUACGAGUGUUAUAGCUAUUGGAUCAAAGUCAUUUAAUAUUUAUCGUCUAUCUGAUGCAAUGAAUUCAAGAGGAUGGAAUUUAAAUAUGUUGCAGUUUCCCAUUGGAAUUCAUAUAUGUAUAACACACCUUCAUACAAAACCUGGAGUUGCCUCUUUAUUCAUAGAAGACUUUAAAAAAGAAUUACAUGAAAUAAUAAAUAAUCCUCAUGUAGAACAAUCUAGAAAAAUAGCUAUGUAUGGUAUGUCAGCUACGUUGCCAGAUAGGACUAUAGUAGGUGACAUCACAAGAUAUUUUAUUGAUGCUAUGUAUUAUAUUCCUUCAUAGUUAAUGUAUCAUUUUCUAUUAUAAUAUCAGUUUUUCAUUGUUUAGUUUUAAAGACGAAUAAAUGAAUAUAUUUUGGUAUUUACGUUAUAUUAACAUGAA